AUGGAGUUAGUCUGGCUGUGGAUACCUGUUUUGGGCUCUCUGAUGUUAGCGGAAAUCUUGUGGACUCUGCCCAUCGAUCAGGAUCAGUGGCAGAGGCCUAAGGACAUAGAGCUGGCUGAGGGCUACCUCAGGAGGUUUUACAGUCUGAACCCCAGAGGCAGAGUGUCAGGAAGAAGGAUCAGGUCCACGUCAGCCCUGGAGGAAAAGAUCAGAGAGAUGCAGAACUUCUUUGGUCUGAGAGAGACUGGCCGUCUGGACUCUCAUACCCUGGAUGUGAUGAGGGAGCCCAGAUGUGGUGUUCCGGAUGUAGAAAACUUCAGCUUUUAUCCCGAGAGGCCUAAAUGGAAGAACCACACCAUCACAUACAUGAUUGCCAAAUACACUCCAGACAUGAAGAGAGAGGAUGUGGACAAGUCGUUUGGUUCAGCCCUGAAGAUGUGGAGUGAUGCAGCACCACUGAGGUUCAUCAAAGUCAACCAUGGCAAAGCUGAUAUAGUCUUCUCCUUUGCCCGCAGAACUCAUGGAGAUUUCUUUCCCUUUGAUGGACCCCGGGGUGUGCUGGCUCACGCCUUUCAGCCAGGAGAGGGUAUAGGAGGAGACAUACACUUUGAUGAGGAUGAAAAAUGGACGGCGGGGAGGCCAGGUUACAGCCUGUUUGCUGUCGCAGCUCAUGAGCUUGGCCACUCACUCGGUUUGGCUCACUCAAGAGACCCCACUGCUAUCAUGUACCCCAACUACAGGUAUCACAGCAGUACACAGUACUCUCUAUCCAAAGAUGAUGUGCUUGGGAUCCAGACACUGUACGGAAAACCUACAAGAACUGUGGAACCACAACCAGUCCCCAAAAAGUGUGACCCCAACUUUUCUUUAGACGCAGCAGUUAUGAUUGAAAAUGAGAUUGUUUUCUUUAAAAACAGGUACAUGUGGAUGAGAACAACACGGACAACUUAUUGGAAUCGCCUGAAAGAGAGCCACAGCAGCACAUAUUUACCGAGCAUCAAUUCUCAUGUUGAUGCCGCUUAUGACAUCCCUGCCAAAGGCGUGGCGUACAUAUUCACUGGUCAUAAGUACUGGGUGGUUCAACGGCUUAAGAUGAAAAGUCAUGGUGGCUCCAUCUAUGAGUACGGCUUCUCCUCUAGAGUCCGGCAGGUUGACGCUGCCGUGCAUGUCAGUGAAUAUGGGAAAACAGUCUUCUUCAUAGGAGAGGUUUAUUACAGGUAUGAUGAGCACAGAAGAAGGAUGGACCCCGGCUUCCCCAGACUCAUCCAAACAGACUGGCCCGGAAUCCCAAGAAGGGUCGACGCUGCCUUUAAGUUACAUGGUAGCAUCUUCCUCUUCAGUGGAGCAAAAUCCUACCAGUAUGACUUCAAACGAAACAAGGUGGUGAAUAUAAUUGCAGCAAAUUCCUGGCUUGGAUGUUGA